AUGAGACCUUCUGCCCCAGCUCAAUCACAUAUGCCCGGUCCUAAGACCUACGGAGGAUGGUGGGGUGAUAUCGGAUCAUUACCUCAAAAAGGUAUCAAAACAUAUGGUGUCUCUCCUUACCGACAACGAGCUAUGGCCGGUGCUCUCAACGGAUACAUCUUCAAUGGUUUCUCGAGAGUGAUGGGUCAUUUACCUUAUGUCGCCCCUCCAGCACUUUUCUUCUACGGUGUCUACUAUUGGUCAAAGAGCAAAUACGAAUACUUCAACUCUAAACAAGGUCACUACGACCGAUUGAUCGAAGAAGGUCAUAUUAAACCUGGACAAUAUGAGAGACCAACUGUUACACCUAUCGGUCAUUAG